AUGACAGAAAGCAAAUCUCUAAUCCAAAAAUCAACAGUGCAGAAAUAUGUUAGUUCACCUGCCGUGACUGUUUGCUCCAAGACCAGCAGCAGCACCAGCAGCAGCAGCAACACCACCACCAAUACCGCCUCCACCGACAACAACAAAAACACCUCCACUGUCAACAACGAAAACAAAAACGAUAAAAACUGCAAUGACAACAAAAACUCCGACAACAAAAACUCCGACAACAAAAACUCCGACAACAAAAACUCCGACAACAAAAACUCCGACAACAAAAACUCCGACAACAAAAACUCCGACAACAAAAACUCCGACAACAAAAACUCCGACAACAAAAACUCCGACAACAAAAACUCCGACAACAAAAACUCCGACAACAAAAACUCCGACAACAAAAACUCCGACAACAAAAACUCCGACAACAAAAACUCCGACAACAAAAACUCCGACAACAAAAACUCCGACAACAAAAACUCCGACAACAAAAACUCCGACAACAAAAACUCCGACAACAAAAACUCCGACAACAAAAACUCCGACAACAAAAACUCCGACAACAAAAACUCCGACAACAAAAACUCCGACAACAAAAACUCCGACAACAAAAACUCCGACAACAAAAACUCCGACAACAAAAACUCCGACAACAAAAACUCCGACAACAAAAACUCCGACAACAAAAACUCCGACAACAAAAACUCCGACAACAAAAACUCCGACAACAAAAACUCCGACAACAAAAACUCCGACAACAAAAACUCCGACAACAAAAACUCCGACAACAAAAACUCCGACAACAAAAACUCCGACAACAAAAACUCCGACAACAAAAACUCCGACAACAAAAACUCCGACAACAAAAACUCCGACAACAAAAACUCCGACAACAAAAACUCCGACAACAAAAACUCCGACAACAAAAACUCCGACAACAAAAACUCCGACAACAAAAACUCCGACAACAAAAACUCCGACAACAAAAACUCCGACAACAAAAACUCCGACAACAAAAACUCCGACAACAAAAACUCCGACAACAAAAACUCCGACAACAAAAACUCCGACAACAAACACUACUCAAACAACACCAACUCCUCCAAACAACUCGAGACAACACUUCACAACUUCAGCAACCAGCAAAGCAGGAAGAAUGAUUUACAGCUCUUCCUUUAG